AUGGCAGGCCUAACACCCCUCCCACCAACUGUAACACACAGUACAACCCGGCUCACACACCGCGAAGCGCACACCUUCCUCUCCUCGUUCCUCUCGCGCGCCGAGAUCGACGCCGCUUACCGACCAGACAGCACGCUUACGGGGCGCGGCCCCCAGGCGCUAAGCGCAGGAAGCAGUCCAAACCUGACGCUGCACCAUCUCAAGCGGAUAUUGCUGGGCAUAGAGGGCAAGCGGGUCGGGAAGCAGGUCCUCGAGCAGGAGCAGGAGGGCGAGGGUACGUUUGAGGAAGGCGACUUCGGGCCGCGGAGGGGCACCAAGCGGGCGCGUGGGUAUGCUGGAGAUGAUGGUGAGGGCGGUCAUUCACGACGGUCACAGCCGUACACCAACGGUGAGGGCGGGUUCGAUAUCGAGGUCGAUACAAGGUACGAAGACGGGCCUGCGAUGGUUGCGCACCAACAUUUGAAUUCGUCCUCACCACAACUGCAGCGCGCAGACGACGGGGACCAGGACGACUGGCAGGAGAAAGAGACCUAUGAUCUCGCACAGUCGUCUGAAGGACUAGAACUCACAUACCAGGACCGGCAUCCCGGCGCUGACCUCGAGCAACCAGGCGACUCGGCGGAGGAGGAAGACUUGGUCGCUGUUGAGGACGAGCGGACUAGGGACCGGGUGGAUCCUAGAUCUAGUGGGCAACAGCCCGCGGUGAACAAGGAGGAGAGGAAGCGCCUGAAGAAGCUGAAGGCUCAGGCGGAGAAGUCUAAGCGAGAGGAGCAGCGGAAGGACAAGGGGAAGGGAAAAGAGAAAGCGACGAAAUUUUAA